AUGUUUCUAUCUAUCUAUCUAUCUAUCUAUCUAUCUAUCUAUCUCAUUCUGUUCACAUCUAUCUAUCUAUCUAUCUAUCUAUAUAUAUAUAUAUAUAUAUAUAUAUAUAUAUAUAAUUCUGUUCACAUCCAUCAAUCUAUCUAUCGCAUUCUGCUCAAAUGUUUCUAUCUAUCUAUCUAUCUAUCUAUCUAUCUAUCUAUCUAUCUAUCUAUCGAUCUAUCUAUCUAUCUAUCUAUCUAUGUUCCGGGUUCCCGGUACUCUCGCUCGCUCUCUCUCUCUCUCUCUCUCUCUCUGACCUCUCAGAUUUCCUGUGAUACAACUUUAAAUUCUCUUCUUCUUCUUUUUUUUCUUCUUCUUCUUCUUCUUCUUCUUCUUCUUCUUCUUCUUCUUCUUCUUCUUCUUCUUCUUCGUUGUCGUCUUCUUUUUCUUAUUCUCCGCCGUCUUCUUUUCCUUUGUCGUCUUCUUCUUCAUUGUCGUUCUCUUUUUCUUUGUAUUCGUUUUCCUCUUCUUUUUCAUUCUUCUUCUUUAUCUUUUUCUUCUUCUUUUUCUUCUUCUUCGUCGUCGUCAUUUCUUCUUCUUCUUCUUCUUCUUCUUCUUCUUCUUCUUCUUCUUCUUCUUCUUCUUCUUCUUCUACUGCUGCUGCUGCUUUAUCGCCGUUGUCUUUCUCUUCUCUAUAGAUUUAUUUUUUCUGCUUCCUCUUCGUCCUUUUUGUCUUCUUUUUUUCUUUGUUGUCGUCUUCUUCUUUUUCUUCUUGUUAAUCACUGUUUCUCUCUUCUUCUUUCUUUCCUUCUUCUUCUUUCUUUUCUCUCUUCUUCUUCUUUCUUUUCUCGCUUCUUCUUCUUUCCUUUCUCGCUUCUUCUUCUUUCUUUUCUCUCUUCUUCUUCUUCUUUCUUUUCUCGCUUCUUCUUCUUUCUUUUCUCUCUUCUUCUUCUUCUUGUUCUUGUUGUUCUUCUUCUUUUUCUUUUCUCUCUUCAUUCUUGUCUCUCUUCGUCUUCUUUCUUUUCUCUCUUCUUCUUCUUCUUUCUUUUUUCUCUUCUUCUUUCUUUUCUCACUUCUUCUUCUUCUUUUCUCUCUUCUUCUUUCUUUUCUCUCUUCGUCUUCUUCUUUCUUUUCUCUCUCCGUCUUCCUCUUUCUUUUCUCUCUUCGUCUUCUUCUUUCUUUUCUCUCUUCUUCUUUUUUUGCCUUAAGUAG